AUUGGCUGCUCUUCUCCCGGGUUUUUCUUCCCUACUUCAUCCUCUCUCUUUUCACUCUUCUCCAUCUUCCUAUUCACACACAUUUCCUCACUCUCCCAUUUUUUCCUCCUCCUUCUGUCCCUAAAAGAAAUCAAUGGGGGGCAAACUUCAGUUUUUACCACCAGCCAAAAGAUUCAUGCUAAUGCAACAACAAGAACAAGAAGAAGAACAACACAAAGAUAAUGGCUCUGUUUCAUCUUCACAACUUCCUGCUAAAAAGCGUAAAUUCUCUCCUGAAAAAACACCCUUCUUUUCCGAUAGCACCAAUGUUACUACUCUCUGCUUGCCAGCCAAAAAACGUGUUUGGGCUUUUCACCCAUUUGACCUCAAUAUUGAAUAUAACCCAAUUUCUUCUCUCAAUGAUGAAACUAAAGAAGAAAAAUUAUCUGAAGAAACAUUAAUUAGUCAAGCUGACAUCACUCUUCAACAAGCUGCAAAAACAAAUGAUGAUGAUAACGAAGACGGCAUUAUCUGUGCUAUUUGUGAAAGCACAGAUGGAGACCCAUCAGAUCCAAUAGUUUUGUGCGACGGUUGUGAUUUAAUGGUCCAUACAACUUGCUACGGUCAUCCUUUUACAAAGGGAAUCCCAGAUGGUGAUUGGUUUUGUGCUCAAUGUUUGGCCUCAGAAACAGAGAGCCGAAACCCUAUUACUUGUUGUCUCUGUCCUGAAACCGGUGGAGCCCUAAAACCCACUGUGAAUGAGGGUAAAUGGGCUCAUGUUGUUUGUGCACUUUUUGUUCCUGAAGUCUUCUUUGUCGAUCCAGAAGGUCGUGAAGGAAUUGAUUUCAGUAAAGUGCCUAAAAGAAGAUGGGAACAAAAGUGUUAUAUUUGUAAAUCCAGAAAUGGUUGUGCUAUUGAUUGUUCUGAGCCGAAAUGUCCUUUGUCUUUUCAUGUGACUUGUGGGUUGAAACAACAACUCUGUAUUGAGUACAGAGAAGGAAAGAACAAGGCUGCUGUUGUUGCUGGUUUUUGCAGAAGCCACACUGAACUAUGGAAAAAGCAACAACAAACAGGGAAGUUCAAGAUUGUGGCAAGAGAUGAAGUUGACAGAUAAGAUUAUACAUCUACGAUGAUUAAGCAGAAUUGCAGAUGAUUAAGAAUCCUAGUUUUUAGUAGUUGAAGACAAUAGUAUUAUGUGAUUGUUUAAAUUCGUAAUCAUUUUCUAUCAUUAAUUGAAGUCUUCCAUUUUGUUUCCAAC